AUGGCUAAAGAAGAAAAACAGCUUCUUCACAUAGCAAUGUUCUUGCAGCAGCUGUCUGCUCAUAUGAUCCUAUAUAGCUGGCCCCCAAUGGAGCUUCAUAUCCACCCCAAAACCCCAUCACCACACUUGGCUCCUCUCGUCGGGUUUGCGAACCUUCCAUUUCCCAGAGAAUUUGAGCGAAUACUGGGUUACUCCCUAGAAAGAGGAAAUCCUUAUCGAUAUACUGGGCAACCACCGAAGUUGGACACAAUUGCUGAAGUGUUGAAGAUCGACAUAAGAGAGUUGGCAAGUACAAAAGAGGAAAAAGGGGCUAUUCAUGGGUUUUCAAGAAAAUAUCUAGAGCAAAAGUGCCAAGAUUUAGCUGAUAAAAAAGAAUGGAGUACUUUUAUAGAUGUUUUGGCCCUCAUUAUCUACGGUAUUGUUAUAUUUCCAAACCUUGAUAACUUUGUAGAUUUUGCUGCCAUAAAUGUAUUCUUAGCUUUUAACAAACAUAAACAAAACCCAGUUCCUGCGGUUCUUGCUGAUGUAUACUACUCUAUGCAUAUGCGACACGAGAAGAAAGGGGGAACAAUUUUAUGUUGUGUUCCAGUGCUGUAUACUUGGUUUGUAUCUCACAUGUUCAAGAAAGGGUAUCAUGUUGGGGUCAAGAGCAAUCGUGAAUGGGCUCAGGGUAUAGCUAGCCUUACUGGAGAUAAAAUUUCAUGGUACUAUAGAGAACAAGAGGUGGAAGAGGAUGAAACCAUAUACUGGGAGGAGCGUUUCAUGGUGUUGCUUGGGCAAUUGAAGAACCAAGAGAUUUAUAAAGAAUUGGAAGAUAAAGGCAAGCAUUGGAAAGAUUGCUUUUCGAAAUUGGCAAUGCUAGCUAAUCAGAUAAAAGCUAUUGAGGGGUAUAAUGUUUAUGGCCUUGAAGCUUUCGAUAUGUGUUUGGUUCCUGAUGUGACUAUCCCUGCCAAAUUCAAGGUUCCUGACUUUGAAAAAUACAAGGGCAACACAUGUCCUAAAAAUCAUCUAACUAUGUAUUGCAGAAAAAUGGCAUCUCAUGCUCAUAACGAUAAACUUCUCAUUCACUUCUUCCAAGACAGUUUGAGUGGGGCAUCGUUAAGUUGGUAUAUGCAUCUUGAGCGAAAUCAAAUUCGUUCAUGGAAGGACCUAGCUGAUGCCUUUUUGAAGCAAUACAGGUACAACGUUGACAUGGCCCCUGAUAGGAUGCAAUUGCAAAAUUCACUGAAAAAUGACAACGAAGCUUUCAAAGAAUACGCACAACGGUGGAGGGAAAUGGCCUCACAAGUAGAACCCCCAUUAUCUGAAAGAGAAAUGGUUGGUAUGUUUAUGGAUACUCUCCCGUCGCCUUUUUUUGACAAGAUGAUUGGGAGUAUGUCAUCAAACUUUUCUGACCUUGUCAUGAUAGGAGAAAGGAUAGAAAGUGGGAUGAGGAGUGGCAAGAUCGUAUGUGCAGCAACUAGCGUGAAACGACCCCAGACGACAUUCACAAAAAAGAAAGAAGGAGACACUAACGCUGUAAUGGUAAACCCCAGAAUCUCUUAUUUUCCACCCAUCAAUUCUUAUGAGGACAAUCCCAACAUAGGGAGCAAUCCUUUGCCAGGCCAUGGGAACGCCUCUGUGAAUUUCAUUGAAGACGGGAUAUACCAAUAUGUAAUAGAUGAUCAUCAACCAAGUGAUGGUUGUGAACCUAAAGGAACUAAGGUCACUAACAUCUCAGGGAUUAGUGGAAUGACUCAGAGUGGUCGAGUAUACACUCCUGAGCAACUUAGGAAAAAGGAGGAAGCUAGUGAAUUUUUGAAGUUUGUCAAGCAAAGUGAAUAUAAGGUGGUGGAUCAGCUAAAUCAGACCCCUUCCAAGAUAUCAGUUCUCUCCUUGUUAUUGAAUUCUGAAGCACAUAGAAGGGCACUGAUGAAAGUUCUAAACGAAGCCCAUGUUACUCACGAUAUCACUGUCGAUCAGUUUGAUGGAGUUGUCGGUAACAUCACUGCUAGUAGUUGCCUGAGUUUUGGUGAUAAUGAAUUGCCAGCUGAAGGGACAGAGCAUAAUAAAACACUGCAUAUCUCUAUGAGGUGUCAUGAUCACAUUCUUGCACGAGUGCUAGUAGAUAAUGGUUCAUCAUUAAAUGUCAUGCCUAAAUCGACACUAUCAAAGCUAUUUGUUGAGGGAGCCUGUUUGAAGCCUAGUGCUUUGGUGGUGAAAGCGUUUGAUGGAUCUAGAAGACAAGUGAUUGGUGAGAUUGACCUGCCAAUUCAAAUCGGACCCCACAUCUUUGGGAUAACCUUCCAAGUAAUGGAUAUUAAACCGGCGUACAGUUGUCUUUUAGGGAGACCAUGGAUUCAUGCUGCUGGAGCAGUGACAUCCACUCUCCAUCAAAAGCUAAAGUUUACAGUGAACAAUAAGCUGGUAAUAAUAUAUGGGGAAGAAGAUAUGAUAGUAAGUCAUUUAUCUUCUACAGGCUACAUUGAAGACACGGAGGAAGCCAUAGAGACUUUCUUUCAAGCAUUAGAAAUUGCCAAUGUUGUCUUCAUGGGUGAAGGAUAUCGUUUAAAAGAACCAAAACAAUCUACCAUAUCAUUGAAGUCUACCAAAUCCAUGUUAGAAGGAGGAGUUUUUCUCAAUUUGGGGAAGUUGAUAGAAAUACCAGAAAAGAACAAUAGGUACGGGUUGGGAUAUGUACCUACUCAAGCUGAUGAAGAAAAGGCUGCGAAGGAAAAAAGAGAAAACAAGGUGACUCGUCGAGAAAACUGGAUACCGAAUUCACAGAAGAUUCCUAUUUGUGACAUUCGUCAAAAUUUUCAAAGCGCCGGAAUAAUAUAUGCUGAUCAGGUGGCUGUUGCGGAAGAGGAUCAUGGUGAUGAUGAUACCCUCAAGCUAGUGUACCCUUGUCCUCCAAACACCAAUCUCAACAAUUGGAAGAUCAUCGAGUUUGAGGAUUGUGAAGACGAUUGUGAGCUUCCCCCAGAACUAGAAAGCUUAAUUGAACGGGAAGCUAAGAUAAUCCAACCCUAUCAAGAACCUGUUGAGGCGAUCAAUUUAGGGACUGGGCAUGAUAAAAAAGAAGUUAAAGUUGGUAUGUCUAUGAAAGAAAGUGAGCGAGAAAAGUUGGUUAAACUUUUAAUUGAUUAUGUGGAUGUCUUUGCAUGGUCAUAUCAGGAUAUGCCCGGGUUAGAUACUAACAUAGUUGAACACAAGCUACCACUAAAACCUGAAUACACUCCAAUUAAACAGAAGUUGAGAAGGAUGAGACCUGAUAUGUCGCUUAAAAUUAGAGAAGAGGUCAAGAAGCAAUUUGAUGCUGGUUUCUUAGCAGUAGCAAAAUAUCCUCAAUGGGUGGCUAAUAUUGUACCAGUUCCAAAGAAAGAUGGAAAGGUUCGAAUGUGCGUUGAUUAUCGGGAUUUAAAUAAAGCUAGUCCUAAAGAUGAUUUUCCUCUACCUCAUAUUGAUGUCCUAGUGGAUAGCACUGCUCAAUACUCUCUUUUCUCCUUCAUGGAUGGUUUCUCAGGGUACAAUCAAAUCAAGAUGGCUCCCGAAGAUAUGGAAAAAACUACGUUCAUCACACAAUGGGGGACUUUCUGCUAUAAAGUGAUGCCAUUUGGAUUGAAGAAUGCCGGGGCAACCUAUCAAAGAGCAAUGGUAACCUUGUUUCAUGACAUGAUGCAUAAGGAAAUAGAGGUUUACGUGGAUGAUAUGAUCGCAAAAUCUCGAACUGAAGAAGACCAUGUUGUUAACCUUCAAAAGUUAUUUGAGCGACUAAGGAAGUUCAAACUUCGUUUAAACCCUGCUAAAUGCACAUUUGGUGUAAGAUCAGGCAAAUUACUUGGGUUUAUCGUUAGUCAAAAAGGGAUAGAGGUGGACCCAGAUAAAGUAAGAGCAAUACAAGAAAUGCCGGCUCCACGCACUGAAAAAGAAGUUCGUGGCUUUUUGGGUAGAUUGAAUUACAUUGCAAGGUUUAUAUCGCACCUCACCGCUACAUGCGAGCCGAUUUUCAAAUUGUUGCGCAAAGACCAAAAGGUUGAAUGGAAUGAGAAUUGUCAAAAAGCUUUCGAAAAGAUUAAGCAGUACUUAUCAAAACCUCCCAUCCUAGUGCCCCCUGUUCCUGGGAAACCACUUAUUAUGUACUUAACAGUACUUGACGAGUCAAUGGGCUGCGUACUGGGGCAGCAUGAUGAAUCUGGUAGGAAAGAACAUGCUAUUUAUUAUUUGAGCAAAAAGUUCACCAGUUGUGAAACAAGAUAUUCACUACUUGAACGAACAUGUUGCGCAUUGGCAUGGGCUGCUCGUCGGUUGAGACAAUACAUGUUAUGUCAUACAACUUGGUUGGUGUCUAAAAUGGACCCAAUUAAGUACAUCUUUGAGAAACCUGCUCUUACUGGAAGGAUCGCCCGUUGGCAGAUGUUGUUAUCAGAAUACGAUUUGGUAUAUGUUACACAAAAAUCCAUCAAAGGAAGCGCACUAGCAGAGUACUUAGCCCAUCAACCGGUAGAAGAUUAUCAAUCAAUGCAGUGUGAAUUCCCCGAUGAAGACAUAAUGAAUUUAGUUGAAGAGAUUGAAUCAUCUGAUAAAGAAAAGUGGAGGUUGGUGUUUGAUGGUGCUUCUAAUGCGUUAGGGCAUGGAAUUGGAGCCAUUUUGAUUUCUCCAGAAAACCAGUUCACUCCAUUUACGGCUAGGUUGUGUUUUGAUUGUACAAACAAUAUUGCUGAAUAUGAAGCAUGUGUUAUGGGCAUUAAAGCGGCUAUUGAAUCAAAUGUAAAAUUUCUUGAGGUAUAUGGAGACUCAUUGUUGGUCAUCCAUCAGACGAAAGGAGAUUGGGAAACGCGAGAUUCUAAAUUGAUUCCGUAUCACACCCAUAUCAAAGAAUUGACAGAACAAUUUGAGAAGAUUACUUUUCACCAUAUCCCUCGAGAAGAAAACCAGUUAGCUGACGCCUUGGCCACUUUGUCGUCAAUGUUCAAAAUAACCACUAAUCAAGACGUGCCGGUCAUAAAGAUUCAACAAAGAGAUAAACCUGCAUAUUGCUUAUCAAUAGAAGAAGAGUUGGAUGGCAAGCCGUGGUUUUAUGACAUCAAAUCAUAUGUUAAGAAUAAGGAAUAUCCAUUGGGUAUUUCAGAGAACGACAAAAGGGUUUUAAGGAGAUUGUCAAUGAAUUUCUUCUUGAAUGGUGAUGUGCUUUAUAAGAGAAAUCAUGAUAUGGUUCUCCUCAGAUGUGUGGAUAAAGCAGAAGCGGGGAAAAUUAUCCAAGAGGUUCACGAAGGUUCUUUCGGAACUCAUGCAAAUGGGCACACAAUGGCUAGAAAAAUCUUAAGGGCUGGCUACUACUGGUUGACCAUGGAAUCCGACUGCUUUAGUCACGUAAAGAAAUGUCACAAAUGUCAAAUCUAUGCUGAUAAAAUACAUGUACCACCCACUUCUUUGAAUGUUUUAACAUCACCAUGGCCAUUUUCAAUGUGGGGAAUGGAUGUUAUUGGACUCAUCGAGCCUAAGGCUUCAAAUGGACACCGGUUUAUCCUAGUAGCUAUUGAUUAUUUCACAAAAUGGGUUGAAGCCGCUUCUUAUGCCAAUGUGACGAGAAGUGUGGUUGUCAGAUUCAUCAAAAGAGAAUUGAUUUGUCGAUAUGGAUUGCCAAAUAAGAUAAUCACUGAUAACGCGACUAAUCUGAAUAACAAAAUGAUGAAAGAGUUGUGUGAUAAUUUCAAAAUUCAACACCAUAAUUCUUCUCCAUAUCGUCCGAAAAUGAAUGGGGCUGUAGAAGCAGCAAAUAAGAAUAUCAAGAAGAUCAUACAGAAGAUGGUGGAGACAUAUAAGGAUUGGCAUGAAAUGCUUCCCUUUGCAUUACAUGGCUAUAGAACCUCUGUUCGUACCUCAACAGGGGCAACUCCUUUCUCAUUGGUGUAUGGAAUGGAAGCGGUACUUCCCAUCGAAGUCGAAAUUCCCUCAAUCAAAGUCCUGAUGGAAACAAAACUAGAAGAGGCAGAAUGGGUUCAAUCACGAUAUGACCAAUUGAAUCUCAUAGAAGAAAAAAGAAUGAUAGCUUUGUGUCAUGGUCAACUAUAUCAAAAAAGACUCAAAAAAGCUUACGAGAAAAAAGUCCGUCCUCGAGAGUUUCGAGAAGGAGAAUUAGUGUUGAAGAAAAUAUUGCCCAUAAAAAAAGAUUCUCGGGGAAAGUGGACUCCGAACUACGAAGGACCAUAUGUUGUGAAAAAAGCUUUCUCUGGGGGAGCUCUAAUACUCGCAGAAAUGGAUGGAGAUGAGCUUCCACUUCCAGUAAACUCAGAUGCAGUCAAAAAAUAUUAUGCUUAA